AUGGAGGUUGAACAGCAAGUUGUAGAUUUGCGCUCUGAGCUUUCGAAUGCGAACAAAACGAACCAUGAGUUGCAGCUCUCAUUGGAUGAAGCACAGCGGCUGAUCAGGGAAAAAGAAAAUGAGCUAGCCGAAUUGAAAAGCUCAGCAGUGAUCCACAUGGAAGCACCACCUGUUCAGGAGGUGCUGCUAUCCCAGCAUGAUCAGUUGGCUAGCGUCGAUGAUCUGCAGCGCUUAGUUAAUCAACAACAAGAUGAUCUGGAACGACAAAUCCGCGAGAUGGUCUCUCUGAAAGAACAGCUAGCCUAUGCCCAAGAAGCGCUUCGGGAUAAAGACACAAUUUUGGCAGAUCGUCAAUCCAUCUUGGACACUGUGACUUCUGAACGAGCAACUCUGAGUCGUGCAAUGGAACAGAAUCAAUCACUUAAACAACAGCUGUUAGAACUUCAAGACGCCUUUGUUAAAACGAGCAACCAAAACGCUGAGCUGGCUGCUGAACUGCAGAAUGAAAAGAAUACCUCCAAGGAGAGGAACACAGCAAAUGAAAAUUGUCGUGCGCAACUGGAACAGCUUCAAGAGCAUUGCGCUAGACGUGAGGCCGAUUACACCGCCUUGAAUCAAGCUUAUCAAAUGAUGUCUUCGGAUCUCAUUCAAGCAGGAAACAGAAUAGCUGAGUUGGAGUUGAUUCAAAGCAACUGUAUCGGUACAGCAACUCAUUUUCACGAAGAAGGGCCGCACCACUCAUGUUCUCAUGAGUUGCAUCCUGAUGGUGCUGUCUUGGACCAAGUGGUGUUUGAGCCAUACGAAAAAGAGUCAACGAGGGUGGCGAUCAACCAUCGUCAAGAUCUUUUGGACGGCUUAGUACAUCAACUUCAAGUCUCCUUCAGUUGGCUCAUCGAACAAGACACUACCCGGGAAACGGUGGCCUACAAACCGGAAACAGACGACCCGAUGGAAUUGUUCACCCGGUGGGAUCGCUUAGUGCGCUCGCUGAUCGCUGAGCGAGACAAGGCGGUGGCCGUGCAGGCCGAACAGAAUCGACGUCAUACCGCCCACAUUCGACAACUCCCUAAAGUCGAAGAAUGGCGGGCUCUGCAGGUUGCACAUUCACAACUGGAAUCGAAAUUUACCGAAUGCAUGGAAAAAUUGAGCAGCGCAUCAGAGGAACGCUCUAGACUUGAGGGUAUUGUGGCCCAGCUAGAAAUGGAAGCUGCUACUGUUGGCGAGUAUGUCACACUGUUCGCGCACAGGCGUGCAGCGGCUGCACGUCGCGCGCGUUCUCGCGAACAGCUACUCGAGCGAUUUGUUCAAGAUAGAAGACGCCUGCGAUCCAGAUUAAAGGCCAUGAAAGAAUUAGUUCCGAAAUCCUUGGAUAGCGGAGACAUCAGUGCAUCAAGUGAUGGAUCACCGUUGAAAUCCGCAGGGGAACAGCUACAAGAUGAGUUUGUUUCCCAGUUCCGUCGACUGCUAGAUGAGGUCGGCUCGACCGAGGAGGAAACGAAGACCGAAGCCGGCUUCCAUCUUCUAAAUGACGAAGACGCCGUUGACGAGUGUACUGCUGAGCCCAACGAAAUGACAGCAUUGAAAUGUGCCUCGAACAGUCACACUUACACAACACUGGAACUGUUGCGAAGACAAGCUUUGCAACACGACUGUCCUCACUGUCAAUGCUGUGUGGGCACCCUGUUGGAGGUGUGAGCCGUUCUACCAGUUGCCUUUUUGUCGUGGCACCCAGUCUUUCAGUCGUUCACUACUUCACUAUUCUGGCUGUGGACAUGCACGGUGUAUUUUCCCGUUUUGACCAUUUAUAUUGUUCCUCUCUCGAGUACUUAUCUCGAUGUUUCCCUGGUUUACCAGCCGUUUGUGAAUAUCGGUCAAAAUGUUCGCAUCAGCUUUUCGUUUUAACCCAGACUCAAAUACUCCAUGUCAGAGAUUCUGACAAGCGUCCAACACAAACUUUAUUACAAAGAUAUGUAUGUACACAUUUCUCAUGCAACUUAUGAAUCAUCGUGAGAAGUACUUCUCCCA